ACCGCCAAAGACAAAAAACAGCGUCAGAAACAGGAGAGCGGCAGCGCGAGCGGAGUGACGUGGAAUAAAUCAAUAAAUAUAAAAAAUAUUUUAUCAAUAAUCAUCAGCACGCGCGGCGAUGGAGGGUCUGAAGCGCUCGCGGGAGGAGAAGGACUGUGUCACCCCAGAGAAAAAGCGCUCGCGCGGCGGAGAUACGAGCCUGCAGCACGAGCUCACCGAAAACAGCGUCCAGCCGGAGUCCUGCAGCCUGACCGACCUGCAGCUGAAGACCCUCGGGAUCCAGUCCCCCGAGUCCAGACGCCAGCUCCUCCACUGCCUCCAGAAGUGCUGGCAGCUUUCCAACGAACCCAUGAAGGUUUUUAACGACCCGAUCCACGGCCACAUCGAGCUCCACCCCCUGCUGGUGAGGAUUAUAGACACACCUCAGUUCCAGAGGCUGAGGAACAUUAAGCAGCUGGGAGGAACUUACCUCGUGUUUCCUGGAGCUUCACACAAUCGCUUCGAGCACUCCAUCGGGGUCGGGUAUUUGGCGGGAUGUCUGGUUCAGGCUCUGAACGACAGACAGCCGGAGCUUCUGAUCAACAAGAGAGACCAACUCUGUGUUCAAAUCGCCGGACUGUGCCACGACCUAGGACACGGUCCGUUUUCUCACAUGUUUGAUGGGAUGUUUAUACCAGCCGUCCGACCCGAGAUCAAAUGGAAGCAUGAGAGUGCGUCUGUACAGAUGUUUGAUCACCUGGUUCAGGUGAAUGGUCUGGAGUCGGUGAUGGUGAGAUACGGCCUGGUUCUGCCGGAGGAUCUGAUCUUCAUUAAGGAGCAAAUCGCCGGACCGCUGGAGAGCCUGACCUCGGGCAGCUCGUGGCCAUAUAAAGGCAGAGCGGAGGAGAAGUCGUAUCUGUACGAGAUCGUAGCGAAUAAAAAAAACGGAAUCGAUGUGGACAAGUGGGAUUAUUUCGCCAGAGACUGUUAUCACCUCGGCAUCCAGAACAACUUCGACUACCGCCGGUUCCUGAAGUUCGCCAGAGUCUGUGAGGUGAAAGGGCAGAAGCACAUCUGCACCAGAGAUAAGGAAGUGGGAAAUUUAUACGACAUGUUUCAUACGAGGAAUUGCCUCCACCGCCGGGCGUACCAGCACAAAGUGGGAAACAUCACCGAGGUCAUGAUAACAGAAGCGUUGGUAAAAGCUGAUCCGUACGUUUUGAUUGGUGGAUCUUCAGGGAAGAUGUUCCGGAUUUCUCAGGCGAUCGAGGACAUGGAGGCGUACACCAAACUCACUGAUCACGUGUUUGAGCAGAUCCUGUACUCGUCUGAUCCGAACCUAUCAGAGGCUCAGAGGAUCCUGCAGAACAUCGUCUGCCGGCGGCUCUAUAAGUGUGUAGGUCAGACCACGCCCGAGUCCCACCUUAACGUUUCACAGGAGAUGCUGCUGGCCUGGUCCGGUGAGAUCGCCGCCUCUAAACCCAGAGGAACCGAAGUGGAUCUGAAAGCUGAGGAUUUUGUUAUCAGUGUGAUUUAUAUGGAUUACGGAAUGAAGGAGAAGAACCCGAUUAAUAACGUUCACUUUUACUGCAAGAACGACCCGAACAAAGCCAUCCGAAUCCGCAAGAACCAGGUCUCUAAGCUGCUGCCGGAGCGUUUUGCGGAGCAGCUGAUCCGGGUUUACUGUAAGCAGACGGAUGAAAAGAGUCUGGAAGCGGCGAAGAAGUAUUUUGUUCAGUGGUGCAUCACCAGGAACUUCUCCAAACCUCAGGAUGGUGAUGUCACAGCACCAGAACUCACCCCGUUAAAGCGCGACUGGCAGAGCGACGACGACGACAGCGACGACUGUGAGCGUCACCGAGCGAGCGGCAGCCGGGCGCCAGUCAACGGGGGACAGAGUGUAAAAACCAAUCUGUUUAACGCUCAGAGAGACAAGCAGCGCUAAACCACAGCGCCCCCUACUGAGCCAGUCUGCAUUCUGCGCCUCCACCACCGGAGGGCAGUAGUGCUGUUUAUUACCAGUGUUAGAAAAUGCUGCCUUUACCGUAAACACAUCCCGAAUCACACAUUAAAUACACCAGGAUUAAAUUCAACAUUCAGUGUUAAAUUAACUCUAAAUGAGCUGAUUUAACUGUAUUUACUGUGUUUUUCUGUCUGUAGUGAACAGUCUGCAGGGUUUAAUAACUGACCUCCGGCUGCAGCACAUAGAGAUUAAAAUCCACCUUUUAUUUUAAAUACUUUAGCUUUUUAUCUGAAAUCUUUAUUUAUUUUCAGUUUCAGAUUGUUGUGUGUUUAAUUUGGGAAUAUUACCAAUCUGAUCAUGUUUCUCAUGGAGUAAAUGUGUCGGUGCUGCAGUUAUACAUAUCUUUAUUUCAUUUUCUUUUUUUUUUUAUACAGUAUUCACAGUGAAUUCACUUUCUCUACAGACACACUUCUGCACAGUUUAAUACAAAACUGCUGUUUAUUUAUUCAGUUUAACAGCUAAACAAACGCUAAAAUAUUAAAUGUGCAAAAUCUGUCAUAUGUUUAAUUUUCUCUGUUAAAUUCUGUAAAUAAACAGAAAUUGCAUAAAAUGUGCAGAAUUUUUUAAAAGAAAUUCUUAUUUUACUCAAACAGAAAAACUCCAACCAGCCACUUCAUUACAACCACCUUCUUAUUUCUACACCUGUCAUCCAUCAUGUUUUCAGCUCCACUGAUCUUAUAUUUCACUCUGUAUUUGUAUAAUAUAAUAAUUCCGGACUGUGUUUGUGUUUCUCUGUAUAUUUUAUUAUUUUCCUCCUGAUUUUCACCAGUUCUUCAAAACUCAGAACCCACAGCAUAGAAAACCACCACAGAGUUACAGCUGUAUUAUUAUUAUUAUUAUUAUUAUUAUUAUUAUUAUUAUUAUUAUUAUUAUUUGGGUGGGAGGUUAUUCUCAGCACUGCAGAGUUUAGGUUUGGACUGGGUUUAGGACUGCGUUUAGGACUGGGUUUAGGACUGGGUUUAGGACUGGGUUUGGACUGUGUUUAGGACUGGGUUAAGGACUGUGUUAGGACAGGGUUAAGGACUGGGUUUAGGACUGGGUUUGGACUGUGUUAAGACUGGGUUUAGGACUGGGUUUAGGACUGGGUUAAGGACUGUUAAGACUGGGUUUAGGACUGGGUUUGGACUGGGUUUAGGACUGGGUUUAGGACUGGGUUAAGGACUGUGUUAAGACAGGGUUAAGGACUGGGUUAAGACUGGGUUUAGGACUGGGUUUAGGACUGGGUUAAGGACUGGGUUUAGGACUGGGUUUAGGACUGGGUUAAGGGCUGGGUUAAGGACUGGGUUUGGACAGGGUUAAGGACGGUUUAGGACUGGGUUUAGGACUGGGUAUAGGACUGGGUUUAGGACUGGGUUAAGGACUGGGUUAAGGACUGGGUUUAGGACUGGGUUUAGGACUGGGUUUAGGACUGGGUUAAGGACUGGGUUUAGGACUGGGUUUAGGACUGGGUUAAGGGCUGGGUUAAGGACUGGGUUUGGACAGGGUUAAGGACGGUUUAGGACUGGGUUUAGGACUGGGUUAAGGACUGGGUUAAGGACUGGGUUUAGGACUGGGUAUAGGACUGGGUUUAGGACUGGGUUAAGGACUGGGUAUAGGACUGGGUUUGGACAGGGUUAAGGGCUGGGUUAAGGACUGGGUUUGGACAGGGUUAAGGACUGGGUUAAGGACUGGGUUAAGGACUGGGUUUGGACAGGGUUAAGGACGGUUUAGGACUGGGUUAAGGACUGGGUUAAGGACUGGGUAUAGGACUGGGUUUGGACAGGGUUAAGGACUGGGUUAAGGACUGGGUUAAGGACUGGGUUUGGACAGGGUUAAGGACUGGAUUUAGAUCGAGCGAGCGUCACACUGAGCUCUCUCUCACUCCAUCUUACUUUUCACACCAAGAUUUUUCUGAUAAUUGCAUGAAUUUCUGUCAAUGUUUUUAUUGUGUUCAUUUUGUAAUUGUUAAAGAACAUCAUUAUUUGGCAGAAAUUAGCUUCUGUAUUUUAUCUCUAUAUUAUUUUAAUUGUUUAUGUGAGUGUUUAUAAUUCUAUACUCCUGUUUGAGUUUUUCUUUAUUUUAUUCUGUUGCUUUAUUGUUGUUUUUUCUGUCUGUUACUGCAGGGAUGAGCGAUUGUAUCAGAAUCAUAUAAUUACUGAGGGAAACCUGCCAAAAUAAAAGCCCUGUCCCUCUGCUGCUGUUGGUUUCGAGAGUUUGCACUGUUUUGUAGGUUACAGGAAGUGGUUUGCAGUGUUUAUUUAUUUUGUUGAUGUUGGUGGUGAUUAUUAAUGCGGUGGAUUAUGAAUAAAGCAGACUUUGGCUACCA